ACAGUACAAGUGGGUAGAGCAGUGGCGCAAUUAAUUGAUUUGCUUGUGGAAGAGAAAGAUGCCGAUCCGAAGAGUAUACAUUUGAUAGGACACAGUUUGGGGGCGCAUAUAAUGGGUUAUGCUGGCUCGUAUACGAAAUAUCGCGUUGGACGUAUUACCGGUUUGGAUCCCGCACGUCCAGCUUUUGAGGGCAGCACUGGUCCUGAGAAUCAUCUCGAUGUAACCGAUGCUGAAUUUGUUGAUGUCAUACACACCUGUGCGGGUAUUUUGGGGUACAAGCAACCGAUUGGGGUCGUAGAUUUCUAUCCAAAUGGUGGAGGCGCUUUCCAGCCGGGCUGUAAUCAACCUGCGCAAAUAUUUACUGGCUGCAGUCAUGGUCGCUCGUGUGAAUACUUUGCCGAGUCCAUUAAUAGCAAAACGGGGUUCCUAGCUACCGCUUGCAAUUCUGUAGUCGAUGCUAAGGCUAUGAAUUGCACUGGACAACGAAUUUUAAUGGGAGAUCCAGUGUUGCAAAAUGCCCGCGGUAUAUAUUCAGUAAAAACGGCGGAUAAACCAAAUUUUGCGCUUGGCAUGGAGGGCUGAAAAAAUGUAAAUGAUCUGGAUAACAAAAA